AUGAGGACGACAUUCACCAUUGCACUCCUGGCUUCGGUCGCAAAUGCAGCCCAUGUGAUAAACCAAACCACUUGCGCGGGUACUACUCAUAAAUAUACUGGCCUGGCGGGUUAUGGUUUCAUCCCAUCCGACGCAACAGACAAAUACGGUGAUACCAUUGGGGGUAUUGGCAGUUCAAUUGCGAUUGACCAGUCGACAUGGCGUAAGUUGAACGGUGAGCAAUACUCCGGGACAGUUUACGCAAUUCCGGAUCGUGGCUGGAAUACCAAUGGUACAUUGAACUACCAAGGGCGGAUUCACAAAUUUGAUUUGACCCUCAAAUUGGCCCACAAGGCCUCGGCAAGACAUCCAUCUGAGCCUAAUCUCCGGUUGAAAUAUCUUGACACGAUUCUCCUGACCGGUCCGGACGGUCAGCCCACCACAGGCUUGGAUGCCGAUGCGCUUGGGGCGGCCUCUUACCCCGGGUUUCCGCCUUUGCCAGUGGCAACCUACACUGGCGACGGCUUUGGAGGUUCGGGCAAGGGAGGCAAAAGGAUUGCGAUAGACGCAGAGGGAUUAGCGCUGGCUCAGGACGGCGGCUUCUGGAUCUCUGACGAGUAUGGUCCGUACGUCUACAAGUUCAGUGCCUCUGGGCGCAUGGAGCUCGCAAUUCAGCCUCCCCAGGCCUAUUUGCCUCGCCGUAACGGUACAGUCAGCUUCAGCGCCGACUCUCCUCCUUUGUAUAAUCCCUCUGAGAAACCGGAUCCCGAAGAGACCCAGUCUGGGCGAAACAAUAACCAGGGCUUCGAGGGUCUCACCGUCUCACCGGAUGGAAAGACACUUUACACGUUGAUACAAAGCUCGCUUGAUCAGGAAGGUGGUCCGGAAAAGCAGAAUCGCGAGCCUGCUCGCAUGCUGGCGUACGAUAUCUCCAGCAAAACGCCUCGUUUUAUUCAUGAAUGGGUCGUGAUGCUGCCGAGAUACAUCGACUAUACUUCCAAACACGCCAGCAAGGCCAACAAAGUUGCUUCACAGUCAGAGAUUCAUCAAUUGCCCACGGGCGAUUUCUUGAUCCUUUCACGAGACUCAGGCUUCGGACACGGGCAAGAUGAGUCGCGCUCCGUCUACCGUCAGGCAGACAUAUUUUCCGUACUGAACAACCGUUCAGUCACCGAUUUCAGAGAUCAAAGUGACUAUGACACUGCCACGGGUGCCAUUGCUUCAUCAAAUGGUGUCUUGAAAGCCGGCAUCACUCCGGCCGAGUACUGCCCUUUCCUCGAUUUCAAUGUGGAUUCCGAAUUGGCCAAAUUCCGUCUGCAUAAUGGUGGACCACAGGAUCGCUACUUGUUGAACGAGAAAUGGGAAAGCCUGGCAAUCGUGCCUGUACAUCCAUCCAAAGAGGAACAUCAUUACAAGCAACGCGAGCCGCAGGAAUAUUUCUUGUUCAGCCUCAGUGACAAUGAUUUUAUCACUCAAAAUGGUCAUAUGAAUUCGGGAAAGUUCUCAUACAAAGACGGAUCCGGAUACAACAUCGACACACAGGCCUUGGUAUUCCGAAUAAAGUUCUAG